CUGUCUGAGUGAGCGAUAGAUUUACAUGGGCUGGGUCUGCAGCAUCUGCAACUUCAAUCAGACCUCUGGCCACACCCGUGCCGCUGCCGCUGCGGCUCUGUAGCCCUCCUGCCUGACAGCCCCAGCUCUGCCUUCGGAUGUGUAAGCAUGCUCGCGGGUGAACACUUGAAUGAGACCAAGGUCGACCUCGGUGAGGGGCAAGGGGAGCCAGAUCAAAGUGUUCAGGUGUCCAAGGGGCAGCCCUCGUCGCUGGAAGACCGGGACCCCAGAGGCAUCAAUGCCCACUUAAAGGUAAACUUUGAAGAUGUGAUUGCAGAGCCUGAUUCGGUGCAUAGUUUUGACAAAGUCUGGAUUUGGAGUGAUGCAUUGUUUGAAGUAUCUAAGUUAUGGUGCUAUCGAAUCAUCUCACUUAUAUUUGCUGUGCCAGUGUCUUUAAUCUCUGGACUCAUUUUCGCUCUUUUAAGCUGCCUGCAUAUCUGGUGUGUCAUGCCCUGUAUCAAGAACUUCAUGAUGAACAUGCCUUCCAUUCAGACCAUCUGGGGGAGUAUUGUGGACCUGAUCAUUUCCCCUUGCUGUGAGAGUAUGGGGAGAUGUUUCAGUGGCAUCAACCUACACAUUUCCCGCGAUUAAAAUUCCACCUCAUUGCGAGUAGCUGGAUCCAAUUGAUUUGACAAUCUGGAUACUACAUCAGCAUUCUGACCACAGUGCCAUCGCUGUACAGGAACUCGUACAGAGCUGUAAAUUCAAAGCCGUGACUUGUUUCGAACAGGUGCACAAUACGCAAACUGGGUCAGCCAUUUUAAAGUGCUCGGUUUCCAUGGCAGCUUUGAAAUUCUUUUGUAUUAACUGCUGCAAACGUUAUUGCAGGCAAAGCUGGAAUAAAUAUUAAGGAAUGCGUCCAGCUGUAUCAUAAGUCAUUGUAUGUUCUGAAAUAAACUCAAAAGUGCGCUUGUUAAGUUGUGAUUUUUAUUUUGAGUGGAAAUCUGCAGCAGCUCUCAACCCUGUUCCUUUAAUGCUUGCUGUUGUUUUGGAUUAAGUAACUAUCUAUAACUUUUUAAUGUCCUUAAAGCUUCUCAGGGAGUAACCUCAAACCCAUUGGCUGCUUUAAAUACUGUAACAGUAUCCCAGUUGUCGGGCGCCUGGCUGUUUAUGGAAGCAUCUAGCGACAUUUUUAAGUGAUCCCUUUCAACUCUGUACUACUCUGCUGGUAAAGGUAGCCAUUUUCAUCCAACUGAGCCAGGAAUGGUGGAAUGGGCAUCCAUCCACGCUGUAUGAAUCUUUAGUUCAAUUGUUUUUAAUAAAUAGUGGUUCUUGCUUUU